AUGGGUGGACGAAACUUAUUCACAAAAGCUGCAAAGAGUUUGAGUAAAGCAAUUUAUGGAAUGGAGUCACAGAUGGAAUUUAUUGAUGACAUUUUCAAGGAAUUUUGUACUAGUAAAGAAGGUGGGUCUGCUGUUGUAGUAGGUCACAGAAUGUCUGGAAAGCAAACUGUCAUUAACGAGGUGGCUAGCAGGUAUGAGAGAUGUGUUGCGAUAACUUACAUUGAUGGUAUAAUGUAUUCAAGCGAUGCAGUAGCCGCGCGUGUUUUGGACAAUGUAGACAAAAAUGAACCAAAUUUUGUUAUACUGUACGACUUCGAUCAAUUCAUUUUGCGGUCCAACCAAUUCUUUCUUUACAAGAUUUUGGAUGCAACACGAAAUUUACCCAUAUUUGCAUUAUGCGUGACUUCUGUGACCGAUUGCCUGAAUCUACUGGAAAAGCGAGUCCGUUCAAGGUUGCUAAAUAACAUUAUUUCAUUUAGUAAAGUUCCUAAAAGUUUUUCAAAUUUUGUUGCUGCAUUUCACUAUUUCCUUCGCGUUGGCAGUGUCAGUAGCGUUAAAUCUGUAGAGGCCUUUGCACAGCUGAAAGAUGUCCAGCGAGAGUUGAAAUUAAUGUACAGUAGGGAAGGAUGCAACUAUGGACUGUUAAAACAGGUAAUUGUUGCAUUCUAUAGCUUUCUCGAUGCAGAUGAUGUGGCCUCUUUGGACGAUGAGCGAUGUGUUAAGAUAUUCCACGAAGCUAGAGAAGGUUUUGUUCCGAAUGAUGAUCCUCUAAAGGUUAUAAUAACGGCUGCUGUUAUUUUUUUUCUAGGCUUGACUUUGCGGCAGCUCUGCCUUCUUACAAGUGCCGUAUAUUUGACAGAGUGCAGACGAGGAUCUGAAUUGAGCUACAAAGAAAUAGUAUCGACAUACAAACUUUUUGUGAAAAAAAAUCUGCCUCCGUUAUACAUAGUAGAUAAUGAAAUUCUAUACAAAAACCUCGAUCAGCUAUGCAAUUACGGAUUGCUUGCACCUGCUCAAUGCAUAGGGCAGCUGGCAAAUAAGAAAACCUCACUAGAGGUAAUCUAUCAUGAAUGA